AUGCCUCAACGAAUUGAUCUAUGUGAAGACAUUCGGCAAACAGGUGAAAAUUUUCAUGCCGAUGACAAAGUUCAAUUCGUCAUCGACGCUGUUUAUGCGAUCGCUCAUGCUCUUCAGGCGAUGAAAAGCACUGUGUGUCCGGAUGACGCCAUCGAAACGUCGUGGAUAUCACGUUACUCCAAAAAGCCGGAUAUCUGUCAUGCGAUGCAGACCAUAGACGGGGACGAAUUUUAUCAGAAAUACCUUCUGAAAGUUCAGUUUCAG